AUGGACACAGACACAGGCAUGCACCAAAACCAACACAACAACAACAACAACCAGCACAACAACCAACACAACAACCAGCACAGCAACCAACAGUUCAAAACCCUGCACAACAACCAGCACAGCAACCAACAGUUCAAAACCCUGCACAACAACAACCACAAACAGAGCAAGGACAUAAAAGAAGUAGAGAACAAGGAAACCAAGAAUUCUUAA